AUGGCGGACGCGGUCGAUAUCCUGGGCGAUGAGACACCAAGAACGCCACAGAUGUAUAUGGGCUAUCAUGGGCACGUGUUGACAUUCCCCAUUGCGAACGGCACGCUGUUCAACGUCGUUGCCUUCUCCUCGCGACCCACAUGGGAAGACGAGAAUUGGGUGGUGCAAACAUCACGCGACGACAUGCUCGAGGACUACAAAGACUGGAUCCCCGCCGUGCGCAAAAUCAUGCAGAACAUACGGAAGCCUGAUAUCUGGGCGCUCUUCAACCACCCACCUGCACCAACCUACUAUAGCGCUAAGCGACUCAUCUGCCUAGUGGGCGAUGCCGCUCAUGCAUCGACACCGCAUCAAGGCGCCGGGGCGGGUAUGUGUAUCGAGGAUGUGUACGUCCUGAGCGAGUUACUAUCGCAGUGUCAUGCGAAGACUACCCUCGAGAAGGUCUUCCACGCAUACGACGCUGUUAGAAGGCCGCGCAGCCAGAAGCUAGUCAAGACUAGCAAGGAAGCUGGCAUGCUGUGGGAGUUUGAAGGCGAAGGUGUCGGCGACGAUUUGGAAGCGCUGCGGAUCAAUGCGCAAUCGAGGAUGGCUUGGAUUUGGGAUCAUGAGAUAUCGGAUGAUUUGACGAAGGCAAGACGCAUGAUGGACGAUGGCUUGCCAAACACUCCGUAG